AUGAAAGGUGGCUGUGCCUCCCAGUGGAAGGCGGCCGCCGGGCUUCUCUUCUGUGUCAUGGUUUUUGCGUCGGCCAAGAGACCGGUCUUCACGAAUAAUUUUCUUGUGGAGUUGCAUAAAGGAGGAGAGGAAGAAGCUCGCCAAGUUGCAGCAGAACACGGCUUUGGAGUCCGAAAGCUCCCUUUCACUGAAGGCCUGUACCACUUUUAUCACAAUGGCCUUGCAAAGGCCAGGAGAAAACGCAGCCUACACCACAAGCAGCUGCUGGAGAGAGACCCCAGGGUAAAGAUGGCCUUGCAACAAGAAGGAUUCCAACGGAAAAAGCGAGGGUAUAGAGAUAUCAAUGAGAUCGAUAUCAACAUGAAUGAUCCUCUUUUUACAAAGCAAUGGUAUCUGAUCAAUACUGGACAAGCCGAUGGCACUCCUGGCCUUGAUUUGAAUGUGGCAGAAGCCUGGGAGCUGGGCUACACAGGGAAAGGAGUUACCAUUGGAAUUAUGGAUGAUGGGAUUGACUAUCUCCACCCAGACCUGGCCUCAAACUAUAAUGCCGAAGCAAGUUAUGACUUCAGUAGCAACGACCCCUAUCCUUACCCUCGAUACACAGAUGACUGGUUUAACAGCUUUAAAAUUAUAAUGCAGUAUUUGGAAGUGUGUUUAAGGGGUAUCCGGAUGCUGGACCAGCCGUUCAUGACGGACAUCAUCGAGGCCUCCUCCAUCAGCCACAUGCCCCAGCUGAUCGACAUCUACAGCGCCAGCUGGGGCCCCACAGACAACGGGAAGACGGUGGACGGGCCGCGGGAGCUCACGCUUCAGGCGAUGGCGGAUGAUGUGAAACAAGGUAACGGCCGAGGCGGCAAAGGCAGCAUCUAUGUGUGGGCCUCUGGGGACGGCGGCAGCUACGACGACUGCAACUGCGAUGGCUAUGCCUCAAGCAUGUGGACCAUCUCCAUCAACUCAGCCAUCAACGACGGUAGGACGGCCUUGUACGACGAGAGCUGCUCCUCCACCUUGGCCUCCACCUUCAGCAACGGCAGAAAGAGGAACCCCGAGGCUGGAGUGGCAACCACAGACCUGUAUGGCAACUGCACUCUGAGACAUUCUGGGACAUCUGCAGCAGCUCCAGAGGCCGCUGGAGUGUUUGCUCUGGCUUUAGAGGCUAAUCUGGGUCUCACCUGGAGAGACAUGCAGCAUCUGACUGUGCUCACCUCCAAACGAAACCAGCUUCAUGAUGAGGUUCAUCAGUGGCGGCGGAAUGGGGUCGGCCUGGAGUUUAAUCACCUCUUUGGCUACGGGGUCCUUGACGCAGGCGCCAUGGUGAAGAUGGCUAAAGACUGGAAAACGGUGCCGGAGAGAUUCCACUGUGUGGGCGGCUCCGUGCAGGACCCUGAGAAAAUACCAUCCACUGGCAAGUUGGUGCUGACCCUCACCACCGAUGCGUGUGAAGGGAAGGAAAAUUUCGUCCGCUACCUUGAGCACGUCCAAGCUGUCAUCACAGUCAAUGCAACCAGGAGAGGAGACCUGAACAUCAACAUGACUUCCCCUAUGGGCACCAAGUCCAUUUUGCUGAGCCGGCGUCCAAGGGAUGAUGACUCCAAGGUGGGCUUUGACAAGUGGCCUUUCAUGACCACCCACACUUGGGGGGAAGACGCCCGAGGAACCUGGACCCUGGAGCUGGGGUUCGUCGGGAGCGCACCUCAGAAGGGGGUGUUGAAGGAGUGGACCCUGAUGCUGCAUGGCACGCAGAGUGCCCCUUACAUUGACCAGGUCGUGAGGGAUUACCAGUCCAAGCUGGCCAUGUCCAAGAAGGAGGAGCUAGAGGAAGAGCUGGAUGAAGCUGUGGAGAGAAGCCUGAAAAGCAUCCUGCACAAGAACUAG